AUGGCCGCCGCUUUGGAAUUUGAUUGGAUAGGAAAACGAUACAAAUUGGUGGACACUGUAAAUUUCGAUGAGUUCAUGAAAGCUUUGGGCGUUGGUCUCAUCACCCGCAAGGCCGCUAACGCUGUCACCCCGACAGUGGAGCUCCGCAAGGAGGGAGACGUCUACAACCUAGUCACGUCAUCCACCUUCAAGACCACUGAAGUCAAGUUCAAGCCUGGUGAGGAGUUCGAUGAGGACAGAGCUGAUGGUGCCAAGGUGAAGUCAGUGUGCACCUUCGAGGGUAACACCUUGAAGCAGAUCCAGAAGGCUGCCGACGGUAUGGAAGUCAGCUACAUCAGAGAAUUCGGACCCGAAGAGAUGAAGGCUGUAAGUAUAAUGGAAAUAGGUCUGUUAGACAGUUAA